AUGCGUGAAAUUGUGCACAUUCAAGCGGGUCAAUGUGGAAACCAAAUUGGUUCUAAGUUCUGGGAAGUAAUCUCCGAUGAGCACGGAGUAGACCCAACGGGCUCCUACCACGGAGACUCGGACCUUCAAGUGGAGCGCAUAAAUGUCUACUACAGUGAGGCGAGCGGCGGAAAGUACGUACCAAGAUGUGUUUUAGUGGAUCUCGAACCGGGCACCAUGGAUAGUGUGCGCGCAGGCCCCUUUGGACAGCUCUUUCGACCUGACAACUUCGUGUUUGGCCAGAGCGGUGCGGGCAACAACUGGGCCAAGGGCCACUACACCGAAGGUGCAGAACUGGUCGAGUCUGUUCUUGAUGUCAUACGCAAAGAAUGCGAGUCCUGUGAUUGUCUUCAGGGCUUCCAAAUGUGCCAUAGUCUUGGUGGUGGCACGGGGUCCGGAAUGGGCACUCUCCUUAUCUCCAAGAUGCGGGAAGAGUUUCCAGAUCGCAUUAUGAACACUUUCUCGGUCAUGCCUUCUCCUAAGGUCUCGGAUACAGUGGUGGAACCCUACAAUGCGACGCUGUCGAUUCACCAGUUGGUAGAAAACACUGAUGAGACCUUCUGCAUCGACAACGAGGCUCUCUACGACAUUUGCUUCCGAACUCUGAAGCUGACGAAUCCUACUUACGGGGAUUUGAAUCAUCUAGUCUCUGCAACCAUGUCAGGUGUAACCACAUGCCUGCGUUUUCCUGGUCAACUAAAUGCUGACCUGCGAAAGCUCGCCGUUAAUAUGGUACCUUUUCCACGUCUGCACUUCUUCAUGCCGGGCUUUGCACCAUUGACAAGUCGUGGCAGUCAACAGUACCGUGUUCUUACGGUAGCCGAAUUGACGCAACAAAUGUUUGAUGCGAAAAACAUGAUGGCGGCGUGUGAUCCCCGUCAUGGUCGCUACCUCACCGUUGCCGCUAUGUUCCGUGGUCGUAUGUCCAUGAAGGAGGUAGAUGACCAGAUGCUGAAUGCUCAGAACAAGAAUUCCUCUUACUUUGUUGAAUGGAUCCCGAAUAACGUGAAGACUGCUGUGUGUGAUAUUCCACCACGUGGACUCAAGAUGUCGGUGACCUUCAUGGGCAACACCACGGCUAUACAGGAGAUCUUCAAGCGUGUGAGUGAACAAUUCACUGUCAUGUUCAGAAGAAAAGCUUUCCUUCACUGGUACACUGGUGAAGGCAUGGAUGAGAUGGAAUUCACCGAAGCGGAGUCGAACAUGAACGAUCUUGUGAGCGAGUACCAACAAUACCAGGAGGCCGGAAUUGGAGAUGAUGAGGAGGAAGAUGAAGAGGGAGCCAUGGAGGGUUUAGAGAACCACAUCUGCUGCAGCGGCGAGUAA